AUGGAAAACACGGCCAUACUGGCCCCCAACGAAACGGUCUACCUGACCACAGAUGGCAACUUGGCCACCCCCGCGGAGGGGCUGCGCGGCAGAUUGCGCCGAUACUUGGAAGCCAAGCCCACCGUGUGGAUGAUGAACCUCCUCACCUUCGUCACGGGCAUCUUUCUUUGCGUAGCGAUCUUUCUUGGCAUACUCGCCGGCUUCAGCCUUCUCCGCUGGAUAGGUGGGAUCGUUCUUUUGUUCUGCAGCGUGAUGGUGGUCAUGGCUGCUUUCCCCAUUCCGCAAAUAAGGGACAUCGUUUUCCGCUGGGCGAUGUUCCUUGCUGCCUACAAUGGCCGGGGCAUCUUCACCUUCUGCGUGGGCCUGCUGACGACAAUCAUGGGACCUCUCGGAGUGCUGGCUGGUAUCUUGGCCAUGCUGGUUGGCGCAAUGCACCUGAUGAUGUAUGUCUACUUCCGCGACAUCAUCGAAGAGGACUACAAGAAGAUUGAGGGCAGACGUCAGGGGGGCUAUGCAGUGGACCAGGUGGAGGUUGCGAUGGAGCCUGAUCCCAACGUGCUUGGCGAUUUCUACGCCACCACACCACACAAGGGUCUUGGGUCCACCUACAGCACCUCCUAUGGGUCUGUUGGCGAUAGCAAGGCCACCACUACGUAUGGGUCAACUGCUCCCACCUACGAAGUUCUCCCCGUGGGCAAGUGA